UUCAAAUUUCAAAACAACAUUGAACAACAUAAACAAAUCAAACUUUUUCUGGAAUUUAUUUCUAUUUUUUAUCUUAACUAUUGUUUUAUUUUAUGAUUUAGUGGGUUUUGUAAUAAUGAUCGUCGCCGGAACAAUUCAGUAGCCUCUACGCUAUUUUUGGAGCCAACGAGUAAAAUGUAAAAUUGAACCACAAAAACUUGCUGUAGUUUAUUGUAACAUUAUGCACUACAAUCUUAUUGGAAAAUGCUAUACUAAUAAGUUCAGAAAUAUAUUCCCGCGUUUUCCCAUUUUCACGGCAGUUACCCUCCGAACGUAGGGGGAGGCGCACGUUCGCCGCGAAAGUUUCCGCCAAAAUGAUCGCGAGAGUAACCGUGUUGAUGUUAGUAGCUUGUGUUCAGACAGCAUCCAGUUUUGGUUCAAAAAAUGUAGUGUUCACAAUAGUUAGUCAACCUGAGCCAUACCACGCGAGCGUUGCAACAAGGCUCAAGCAGGAUAUACAAAAUCAAGUUUUAGAAAUAGAAAAGCAAACGCCAACAGUCCACAUAACCCACGAAGACUUCCCAGUACCUGGAGCCUGGACAAUCAUUCCACUGCUCAGGCCGCUAGUAACAAAGUACAAAGGCAGUGAUGUGCGAUGGAUACUGCUUAUGGAGCCACAUACAGCGGUGCGCUGUGCUAAGCUGUUUGAGGCUUUGGCUGCGGCUGAUAAACAGAAGGACACAAUGUGGAUAGGUUACCCCCUUAGUGAUGACGAACCGACCAUUAUUCACCAUUUCAUGUUUUAUGAGGAUUUAGAAGAGGACGGAGGAUUUGUGUACCCUCACUUUGCUAAUGGGUUCGCGAUGAGGAUCGAACUGAUGGAUAGACUUCUAUAUCAAAUUGAGAAUGACGAGCGCAAGUUAGAGGCGGACUUUUCAAUCGACCCGGCAUUUGAAUUGGCUCAACUGGUGUAUGGAAAGAGGGAUAACCCUGGACCAUUACUAACCCCUGACCUGAGCUUCUGUGUGGUGUCCGGGGAUAACUGUGCCACAUAUCCUAGACAGUUUGACAUAUGUGGCAGUCCAAUACCCGAAGAUACGAUAUACUUUGCUGUGAAAACCUGGACUGGUUUCCACGCCACCAGAGCGCGGAUCGUCAAAAAAACUUGGGGCAGACAUGUCACUCAUCUGCAGUUCUUUAGCGAUAAGAGUGAUCCCGAGCUCCCAGCCAUAGACGUGGGAGUGCUAAACACAAAGACUGGCCAUUGCCUGAAGACCAUGACAAUACUGAAGGAGGUUGUGAAGAGAGUCGAGAAGAUGCCACAUAUCCAGUGGAUUUUCUUGGCGGAUGAUGAUACCAUACUUGGUGUACAAAGGCUGUGCGAAGUGCUGAGCUGUUACCGAGGCGGCUCCGAUGUGACGCUGCUAGGCGAGCGGUACGGCUACGGGUACGGCAAGAGGGAAACUGCUGCCAAAGGCUACGACUACAUCACCGGCGGAGGCGGCACGGUGCUGAGCGUGGGCGCGGCGCGUGCGAUGCGCGUGUGCGCGUGCGCAUCGCCCUCCGCGCCCGACGACAUGGCCUUAGGCGCUUGCGCGAUGCAUCGCCUCAACAUUACGCUUACACAUUCACCAUUAUUCCACCAGGCUCGGCCACAAGACUACGCGCGCGAGGUGUUAGCGCGAGACCGGCCGGUGUCCUUCCAUCGCCACUCGUCGCCGGAACCGCUCCGAGUGUACGCGACGUGGUUCCAACAUGACGACCUCGCGCUCAGAAAGAGGAACCGGGAUGAGCUGUAGAUAUUAAUUAAAUAACAAGUGUAAAUUAAAAAUUUAUAACACCCCCGACAAGUGAAGGUUACAGUGA